CUCCUCCACGCCGGCGCCUCGGAGACGGGCGCGACUUCCGCUUCCGGGCGGGCCGGCAGGCGGGCGGCGCGGGGCUGCCGGGGAGGGGGAGGGGGCGGCACUUCCGGUCGGGCCCUCGGGUCUCCCCCGAGCGGCGGCGCCUCCUCCGCCUCCUCGGCCUCCUCCCGGCGGAGACCCCGGCGCCGGGUCUCCCGUCUCCCACACCGCCCGAGAUGGAGGCGAACCCAGCGGGCAGCGGCGCCGGGGGCGGCGGGAGCAGCGGCCUAGGGGGCGAGGACGGGGUGCACUUCCAGAGCUACCCCUUCGACUUCCUGGAGUUCCUCAACCACCAGCGUUUCGAGCCCAUGGAGCUCUACGGGGAGCACGCCAAGGCGGUGGCGGCCCUGCCCUGCACCCCGGGGCCCCCGCCGCAGCCGCCGCCGCAGCCGCAGCCGCAGUACGACUACCCGCCCCAGGCCACCUUCAAGCCCAAGGCGGAGGCGCCGUCCUCGUCCUCCUCGUCCUCCUCGUCGUCGUCGUCCUCCUCCUCCCAAGCCAAGAAGCCCGACCCGCCCCUGCCGCCCGCCUUCGGGGCGCCGCCGCCCCCCCUCUUUGACGCCGCCUUCCCCGCCCCGCAGUGGGGCAUCGUCGACCUCUCGGGACACCAGCACCUGUUUGGGAACCUGAAACGCGGAGGGCCCGCGUCCGGGUCGGGGGCGACGCCGGGGCUGGCCGCUCCUGCGGGGGGGGCGCCCCCUCCGGCGGCGGGGGGCGGCGAGGGCCCCUUUGCCUGCCCGCUUUGCUGGAAGGUCUUCAAGAAGCCCAGCCACCUACACCAGCACCAGAUCAUCCACACGGGCGAGAAGCCCUUCUCGUGCUCCGUGUGCAGCAAGAGCUUCAACCGCAGGGAGAGCCUCAAGCGGCACGUGAAGACGCACUCGGCCGACCUGCUGCGCCUGCCCUGCGGCAUCUGCGGGAAGGCCUUCCGCGACGCCGCCUACCUCCUCAAGCACCAGGCGGCCCACGCGGCGGCGGGCGCGGCGGGGCCCCGGCCCGUGUACCCCUGCGACCUGUGCGGCAAGUCCUACUCGGCGCCCCAGAGCCUGCUCCGGCACAAGGCCGCCCACGCCCCGCCUGCCGCCCCCGACGCGCCGAAGGACGGGGUGGCCUCCGUGCCGCAGCCCCCGCCCACCUUCCCCCCGGGCCCCUAUCUCCUGCCCCCUGACCCUCCCGCCACGGACAGCGAGAAGGCGGCGGCCGCCGCGGCGGCCGUGGUGUAUGGCGCCGUGCCCGUCCCCCUCCUGGGGGCCCACCCGCUGCUGCUCGGCGGGGCCGGGACCAGCGGGUCGGGGGGCUCCGGUGCCAGCGUCCCCGGAAAGACGUUCUGCUGCGGCAUCUGCGGGCGUGGCUUUGGGCGCCGGGAGACCCUGAAGCGCCAUGAGCGCAUCCACACCGGCGAGAAGCCCCACCAGUGCCCGGUGUGCGGGAAGCGCUUCCGGGAGUCCUUCCACCUGAGCAAACACCACGUGGUGCACACGCGCGAGCGCCCCUACAAGUGCGAGCUCUGUGGCAAGGUCUUCGGCUACCCGCAGAGCCUCACCCGCCACCGCCAGGUGCACCGGCUGCAGUUGCCCUGCGCCCUGGCCGGGGCCGCCGGCCUCCCGGCCACCCAGGGCGCGCCGGGGACCUGCGGCCCGGGCGGCUCGGCCACGUCCGCGGGGGCCGCCGACGGACUGAGCUACGCUUGCUCGGACUGUGGCGAGCACUUCCCGGAUCUCUUCCACGUCAUGAGCCACAAGGAGGCCCACAUGGCGGAGAAGCCCUACGGCUGCGAUGCCUGCGGCAAGACGUUUGGCUUCAUCGAGAACCUCAUGUGGCACAAGCUGGUCCACCAGGCGGCCCCGGAGCGCCUGCUCCCGCCUGCGCCCGGCGGCCCGCAGCCCCCGGAUGGCUCCGGCAGCACGGAUGCGGCCAGUGUGCUGGACAACGGGCUGGCGGGAGAGGUGGGGGCGGCCGUGGCGGCGCUGGCUGGGGUGUCUGGGGGCGAUGACGCCAGCGGGGCGGCGGCGGCCGGGGGCGGUGGGGGUGCCAGCUCGGGCCCGGAGCGCUUCAGCUGCGCCACGUGCGGCCAGAGCUUCAAGCACUUCCUGGGCCUGGUGACCCACAAAUACGUGCACCUGGUGCGGCGGACCCUGGGCUGCGGUCUCUGCGGCCAGAGCUUCGCGGGCGCCUAUGACCUGCUGCUGCACCGCCGCAGCCACCGGCAGAAGCGCGGCUUCCGCUGCCCGGUGUGCGGCAAGCGCUUCUGGGAGGCGGCCCUGCUGAUGCGCCACCAGCGCUGCCACACGGAGCAGCGGCCCUACCGGUGCGGCGUGUGCGGCCGAGGCUUCCUGCGCUCCUGGUACCUGCGGCAGCACCGCGUGGUGCACACGGGCGAGCGGGCCUUCAAGUGCGGCGUGUGCGCCAAGCGCUUCGCGCAGUCGUCCAGCCUGGCGGAGCACCGGCGGCUGCAUGCGGUGGCCCGGCCCCAGCGCUGCGGCGCCUGCGGCAAGACCUUCCGCUACCGCUCCAACCUGCUGGAGCACCAGCGGCUGCACCUGGGCGAGCGCGCCUACCGCUGCGAGCACUGCGGCAAGGGCUUCUUCUACCUGAGCUCCGUGCUGCGCCACCAGCGCGCCCACGAGCCGCCGCGGCCCGAGCUCCGCUGUCCCGCCUGCCUCAAGGCCUUCAAGGAUCCCGGCUACUUCCGCAAGCACCUGGCGGCCCACCAGGGCGGCCGGCCCUUCCGCUGCUCCUCCUGCGGCGAGGGCUUCGCCAACACCUACGGCCUCAAGAAACACCGCCUGGCCCACAAGGCCGAGGGCCUGGGGGGGCCGGGAACAGGGGCAGGCACCUUGGCCGGGAAGGAUGCCUGACCACAGGGUUUCCCGUCUGCCACUCCAGUCAGAUGUCCCCUUCCGGACUGGCCCGUCCCCGGCCUAUCAGACUCCUCCCCCUCCUUG